CUGACCUCACCUCCACAGUCACUGCUUCCAGCACAGUGGCAACACCCACCUACAUCAGCCCAUCUCUCCCCACUGUCCAGAAUACAGACAUAUCAUCCAGUGUCAUCACAACCUCUACCACAGUGCCUGCUACGGCAACCAUGCCCACAAGGACGCACAGCACUCUACCUCCUACCUUUGCUACAGACACCCCAGUUGCAUUUGCAGGCUCCUCUCCCAUGUCUACCAGCAGUACCGGGACCACACAGACAGAGAGUACUACCUCAUAUGCAACAGGCACAGGUACGUGGCACAUAAAUGCUGAAUCCACCCCAGCACCCACUGCCACUGCCACACACACAACAUCCCCGACCACUGGGCUACCCUCCUCUACUACAUUUGCACCAUAUACACGCAAGAUGACGGUCACACCCUCUCAUGCCCCAUCCACCUGGAAGACCACACUAACUCCCACUGGGGGUGUUUGGACGCAGUCUCUCACCACAGAGAUUACUUCUCCUCUUGCAACCACAUCAUCAGUCACUCCCACGAAUACGGUUGAUUCUCUGACAUUUACCUCCUCUACUCCAGUGGCCACCAAUACCUUGACAUCAGCCGUGAGUAUGCAUCUGUCUUCUCCACCUGCCCCAACCACAGAAUCAGUCUCCAGUUCGACCACAGACACUACCCCUUCAUCCACCUCGAUUACUACACUCCUUAGUCCCAGGGCUGCAUCCCCCGCUGUAGUCACAGUGGCCACAACUGACAUCACCACUCCCACCAACACUUCAAGCUCUACCCCGAUCACAGCCACUUCGCCCACUCCCUCUACCCCAGAAACAGCCAUGACUGUUACUACGAUGUUGGUAACAACACCCACCCCCACAGUACCACCCAGUACUUCCUGUGUUUCUCCAACAUUAUCGUUCCCUAGUCUGAGUACAUCUACAAAUGCAAUAACUACUUCUUUUGGUACCAUUAUCUCUUCUUCAAUAUCCACAACAAUAACGUCCUCUUCUCUAUCUUCCACCAGUGUAACUUCAGUGCUCACCACCACCACUACCUCUCUUUCUACAUCCUCACCUCUCUCUAGAAUGGAAAAUACAGGCUCUUCUGCUACUGCUUUCACUACUCCUUUUUCAUCUGAAACUAUAAGAACGUCUCCAGUCACAUCUUCUCUAGAGACCUUUGCUACUGAAACAACCGCCACCUGUUUCAUUUCUUCUACCACCCCAUGUCCAGAAUCUAUAUCAGUUACAAUAGCACCUGCCUCUCCCACUACUUCAUGUAUGGAAAUGGGUCCAAGUAGUGAAGUUACUUCUGUGGCCACCAUCCCAAUGUCAGUGUUUACUUCUACUACUGAGAUGGCCACCUCUCCUGGUUCCACCAGUAUGACAACUGUGUUUCCUAUGCGUACGGACGCUUCUGCUGUUCGGGAAACUCAUCCUACCAACAGCAUAACAGAUGCUCCUAGUUCUAGUUCUGUCAGCACUGGGACUGUCCCCAGUUACACAGUUUUGACAAGCGCUCCAAGACCCACCAGUGGAAACUGGAUGAACACCAAUUCUAUAACCAUCCCACAUAUGCCUGGAUUCACUAGCCUCCCACUGACGACGAAACCAAGCAGUAGCUUUCCACCUGCCAUGGUGACUUCAGUCAAGUCGACUCACUCCACCCCAACCACUACCAAGACUCCAGAAACACCGGCGAUUACCCCUCAGAGUACUACCACCCUUAAGUCACCCAGGACCACUUGGACCACUACUCAGAUGACCACACGGUCUAGGUUGACCACCACGCCAGGCACCUGUGACAAUGGUGGCACCUGGAUGCAGGGCCUCUGCCACUGCCCCUUGGGGUUCUCUGGGGACCACUGUGAGCUCCAGGAGAUCAGGUGCCAGAAUGGGGGUAAAUGGGAUGGCCUCACGUGCCACUGCCCUCGUACCUUCUAUGGCUCCCGUUGCGAGUUUGUGGUGGGACAGGUGGAUCUGGACACUGUGGAUGCCGAAGUGGGCAUGGAGGUGUCUGUUGACCAGGAGUUCUCCCCGGACCUCAAUGACUGCACUUCCACGGCCUACAAAGAUUUCAGUGACACCUUCCGGGAUCAGAUGCAGAAGAUUUACCAAAAUGUGCAGGGGUUCAAGGAUGUGGAGAUCCUGUCAUUGAGGAGUGGCAGCAUUGUGGUGGACUAUCUAGUCCUGCUGUAGUUGCCCUUUAGCCCCCAGCUGGAGAGCGAGUAUGAGAAGAUGAAGUCAGUCCUGAAGGAGGAGCUCCAGAAUGUCAGCCAUAACGGGGACAACUGCCAGAAUAACCAGACCCUGUGUUUUAAGCCUGACUCCAUCAGGGUGAACAAUAACACCAGGAAGGAGCUGACUCUGGAAGCCAUCUGUCGCCGCGCCACUGCCAAAGGCUAUGAGGAUUUCUACUUCCCCUUGGUGGAGGAGAACCGGCUCCCCUGCGUCACCAAAUGCACUUUGGGCGUGGACGGCGCCAUCGACUGUCACCAGGGCCAGUGCCUUGUGGAGAGGAGCGGUCCUGCUUGCCGCUGCUUCUCCACGGACACGCACUGGUUCUUGGGCCCGCGCUGCCAGGUGGCCGUCGCCUGGAGGGCGCUGAUCGGGGGCCUGGCGGGGGUCUGGGCUCUGCUGCUGCUGGGGCUGCUGGCGUCCCUGAGCCUCUUCGUCGCGCGCUCCCGCUCCCGGCGAGGUGGCCAAGGUGGAGGCCGGUCCUGGGAUGAUGACAGGAAAUGGUUCGAGAUCUGGGAUGAGGACACUGUGGGGACUUUUUCAAACUUGGGCUUGGAGGACGACCAAACGGUCAAGGAAGAACACUUCCAGGUGGCCUUGGAGACUGUGGACACCAAUGUGACGGUGCAUAUCCAGAGACCUGAGGUUGGCCUCGUCCUUGCUGCGAGCCCGGCACCUCCCCCUCUACCCUGCCCCAGACAGUGAGAAGAAACCGUCUGAACCACAUCCAUUCCAAGGGAUGGCCCAAGGACUUGGGCAACUCUGUCUCCUGGUUUCCUUGAGCAAACUCAGACCAUCUCCCUGACCCUCAUCCUUCUCCUGACUUGGGUGAAGCUCACCUGGAGACCCAGUUCAAAUCCAGGCUCUUGCACUGUGGGACCUUGGCCAAGUCAGUCACUUCUCUGAACCCUGUUAAGAUGAGUAGGGCAUCCUUGUCCUGAUACCCCGUGCGGUUACUGUGAAAACCAGACGCGCUCUGUCAGAUCUCUGUCCCAAUGCACCUUCCUGUGUCUGCCCUCGUGCUUAUGUGGUCUCUCGCAGAUCCCCAUCCCCACAUCCUUUGGGGGUCUCGGACCUCAGUCUCUAUUCUCCUGUGAGCAUCCCUACACCAGUUCCCCACCUGCACCUGUAAACAUCCUCCUACCUGCUCCUUAUGUAACUCCUUGCUGCACCCCUGGUUCCCACCCUUAGAUCUCCCCCUAGGAACCCACUUCUUAAAUCGCUCCCAGCCCAGCGCCCAGCCCCAAGUCUCCCCCAGUUUGUCGCCUCCCCCACCCUUAUAAUCUCAGCCGUAAAUCCUUAGCACCCCCAUCCCAGGGCCCCAGUCUUAAAUCCUCCCUCCUCCCUCCACACCCCAUUCCCAGCCAGGUAUGGAUGUCCUCUGCCUCUCAGGCCCCCCAGCUGGUGCUUCUCAGGCCCUGGUCCCCCAUUCUGAGGCUCCAUUCCUUCUUCUCGAUUCCAAAGGCCCAGGAUCCCGGUUUUCUGGGGCCUCAAGGAAGAGCAGAAGCAGGGCCCUGAGGUGGAGAAGCUCCCUCAGCCCUUUGUCUUCAUUGCCCUCUCUCCCCCCAUCCCCUACUACCUCACCCUCCCAACACUUCCCCACCGUGCCCCUUUCCUCUCUGGCCUCACCCCCAUCCCCGCAGUAACCUCAGAGGCCAGAAGUCCCCAGCCUUCUUUGCAGGAACAUCUCCUUUGGGGAAGAAAGUCUGCCAGCUUCCAUUGUCCCAUGAGCACAAUAUAGCAUUUAUUGUAGAAGAA